AUGAUAACUGGCGCCGAGGGUAGGCAAACGCACACACUGUUGGACUUAAAAAAGCAGCAAUGGGCGAAGGAGCGUGAGGAAAUCGCGCGCAUGGACGAACUCAUCUCCUCCUCGCACCAUCAUCAGCACUCAACCAUGGCAUCAUCGCAUCAUUCGCACAAAAUCGAACGCACCUCCAUACGCACCUACUAUUCGAAUAUGGAUGUGAGUCAACAGCGCAGCUCGCGUCAGCAAUUAUUCCAGCAACAGCAACAGCAACAGCAGCAGCCAUUGCAACCGUACGCACCAGAAUUGCUGCCACGCUAUGCGCAACACAACGUCAAUCCUUACGCCGUGCCGCUGACACAAAGCAACAUGCCAGUGCAACAUGCUGCACGGCAGCAACAACAACAUUUACGCGGUGGCAAUAGCUAUGACUAUGAACUCGAGCGCUACGUAGACGUGGUCGACGAUGAGCUGGGCAUUGAUGGUGAUUAUGAAGAUGAUGAUUGCGGCUACCAACGCAUGCGUCCGCCGGCGCGACGUGCCACCUUCAUGCCACAUGGACCAGGACGUCGAAAUCACACGACCAGCAUGAUGUCGCAAAUACCAGGACAACGCAAAUAUGCUUACGAUGAGCUGACGUUGCCCGGUGCGGGUCUGCAGACGGCCAAAGCGCGCAUGCAACAUGCACCGCCAAUGCCACAGCAGCAGCAACAACCUCCGCUUGCGCCACAAAUGCGCAUACGCAGCCCAAGUUUGCCGAUAAUACGCCACCAGGACUACGUCAAACGACAGGCGCCGCAGCAGCAGCGAAUGCCUGGUGGCAUACCGCAACAGAAAAUACCACCACAAGCUACACAACUUGCGCCAGCGGCGGUAUGCGGUGAUGGCAUUCCUGUGGGUGCGCCUAGCAACGCGCUUCAUCGAUCUAACAAUCCAGUUAAUCCUGGUUGCCCGGAGGAAGACACCUCAGGCUAUCGCAGCGAUUCACCGAAGAACCCACACACGCCGGAAAUCUGGUAUAACGAUGCCGCCAGUUUGCAACGCAGCGGCAGCAGCACGACGAAUAGCGGCUUGUUGGGCGCUGAUGGCAGUGGUGUGGAGUUGGGUGCGGCACCCAUUGCCGUAGGUGUGGACGGCGUCAUUGCGGGAACCAACGAGGUGGCAGGACGCGCUAAACGUUCAAUAACAGGUCAACAACUGGCGAAAUGUCAGAAGCAACAACAAAUGCAACAAUAUGCAUGCGAUGAGGUGCAACAGCAGCAACAGCAACAACAAAUUAUGAACUCCACCUACGUUGUGGCACGCUCAUAUAACAGCGGCAUGGACGACAGUUGCCAGGGCAGCUACUACAUGACACCGCUGAGUCCCUCCAACCUCAGCACACGCGAUAUUUCCACCUCCAAUACAUACCCCAUACAUCCCGGCGAUCAGCACGAGUACUAUGCCAACGCAACAACAGCACAGCAGACACACGACGAACGCGAACGUGCUAAGUGGACUAAUUACAAUAGCAACAGUGAGUACACGGGGAAACCUAUUAACGGUCCGAACUGGCUGAAUCGUGGCCUACACGAGCUGAAGGAUAGCGAAGACGACACGCAAUCGAUGCACUCGUCUUAUUUACGCGGUCAGAACGCGCCCGUUGAUCCCGUCACUAUGGCCGAACGCAUCGACAAACGACGCAAGGCAGCCGAGUAUCACAAUGCGAUCAAACAGCAGCUGCACGAGCGCGAAAUGUUGCGCAAGUGGGAGAUGGAGCGACACAAGCAAGAGGAAAUGCUGGAAGAGGAGCGCUUACGUAGGCAGAAACAACUGGAGCAGGAACGUUUGGAAUAUGAACGGCGGCAACAAAUGGAACGUGAAACGGUGCAAAAGAAGAAGCAACAAGCAAUGUUGGAUGCGAUUGCGAAGGCAGAAGAGGCAGCUAAGCAGGACAAACAGCGCAAGCGUAAGCAACGUGUGCCGCCGAUGGAGAAGGAGCAGAAGGAGCAAGAGGCUGAGACUGCAGAAGCAGAGGAAGUUAAGAUGACAAAAGCGAAAGUUAAUACUCGCAAUCGACCGAAGAGAAGUGUAACCGUUCAACAACACGAUGACAAAGCCGAGUAUGAAAGACAACCUGACAAGAGAGAGAAAACUGAGCGGGCACACGCAGUACCGAAUGUUGAGGAGCCUGCGGGGCCAUCCACAACACCACCGCCAAAAGAGGAGGAAGCUGGGUUGUUUGAGAAUCCAGCAAUGAAAACUAAAUCACAAGCACUAACUUUGGAGACCAAAAAUGUGGAACGUCUUGAAGAGGUAGAAGAAGAAGAAGAAGAGGAGAGGGUGCUCAUAGGUACGCCCAUAAACUUACGACGAAAUAUUAAGAAGAAAAUUGUAAAUGCCACCGAGGCUACGAAGGAGCCGAAGAAGAUGCAGGCUAAAGUCGACGUACAGCCCGAGAAUGUGGCUGUUAUCAUGCAGCCAGCCACGCUUAUACCGCUACCCGUGACGUCCGACAUAUUUGGAUUACAGAAUGCCAUUGGGAAUCUACAGAUCGCUACAUAUUGGAUGCAACAGCAGCUGAAACCGAAUACCGCUGCUUCGACGAUGGACUUUUCGAAAACAACCGGCGAUGUCACACAACGAACGGCAACUUCGAUCUCCACGGAAGAUGGCUAUCAGAUGGAGAGUGUGGUUGAAGACCAGCAAAAGACUGUUGUGGGGGUUGAAGAGAAGAAGGUGGAUGAGAAGGAAGAAGAUAAGUUAACUAAGAAUACUAAUGGAAAUCCCAAACACGAAGAGCUAGCGCUCAUACCACUUGAGACCAGGCCAGCAGUUACGGGUAAGCAGCACUUAAUUGAACCACAAGCGCAUCAGGAUGUGGAGACACAAACAGAAUUACCACUCAAUUGCGAUCUCUGCCUAUUUCAUGACAAUUUCUACAAAGUGCUACUGAAGCGCGAAGUUUCUACCACAACAACAACGCAGACAUCUAAGACCAAAGAUAAACCAGCUAAAGAGGCGGAUAAGGAUCAAGAGACAACAACUACUACUACAACCACAACGACCACGACCUUUAAGGCGAAGGCCAAAGACAAGGAUAAGGAGAAGGAAAAGGACAAGGACAAAGAUAAAGAUAAAGACAAGGAAAAGGAAAAAGAGAAAGAACGCGAACGCGAACGUAAUAAGCGUAAUCAGAAGGACGGCGUGCCACACAAUGCAAGUCUCACUGUGAGCACACAUAAUAACCACAAUCACAAAGUAGACGACCGCCCCAAGUGGGGUGUGAAUCGGCCUGUCGUGCAAUAUGUCAAGGCCAGCGAACGCGACCCCUUCUAUUUGCGCAACAAGAAGAAGCACAAUAGUAAUCAUCACAUCAAGGCGCCUCGUUCACAGUCGGUUGAUGCGCGACUCGAUAGUGCCGCCGCUGACGCCGAAGAUGGUGAGACGGACCGUGAUGCCGAUAGCGCCGGUGAGCACGAGAGCUCGUCAAAUGUGGAAGAAGGCUUUUUAUUGAAGGCACGCAAUGUCUGCACGGAAAUUUUGCCCAUCAAAACGGAUGAGAAGGGGCGCAUAUUUUUGAAUUUUCGCGAAGCAAGCGCCAUUAUGAAUGAGGAUGAGAUCAAAGACAAGUUAAGGCAGCGUUACUUUAAUUUCGGUCGCAUACUGCCGCGUCGCAGUUGGGCUUCGGCCACACAGCAGGGUUUGCAGUUCAGAGCAAUGGCUGCGAAGGCGAUCGCAGCUCAGCCCACAGCGCAUUUAGCUGAUGAUUAGGUAACACCUGUUUCUUAAAGGUAUUAUAUUACAGAAAGGUGGAUGGGUGAAGUCUGGGCAUACCACAUUGGUAAUAACUAGCGUACAUUAUGAUUUUUUCUUGUGAAAUGUAUGCAGAAGAGGAAAUAUAAGUGAAAGAGUUUUGGCAAAAUUGAAAAACAAGCUGCAGCAAAAUGAGGUAUCUAUUGUGACAUUAAAUUACUGAAAAAUUCUUCUACAGACAUUACUUCUCUUAGUUGCAACUAUUUAUGUAUUCAUCCCAUCCGAAUCGAAGGGCCUGUCUAUACUUAAGUUUUCUAUAGUUGACCUAAUUGGUCU